CCGCGGCCCGUGACGCGUGUGGCGGCGCCGGGCGAAGGCGGCCGGAUCGUGACAGGUGGCGAUGGCGGCGGCCAUGGCGGAGGCGGCCGCGCCCGACUACGAGUCGGCGGAACUGUACACGCGCGCGUUCCGCGUGGGCUCCCUGGGCCGCGGCUGGCGGCGGCUGCUGGGGCCGCCCGACCUCUCGCUGGCGGCGGAGGCGGCGGAGGAGGAGGAGGAGGAGGAGGACGCGGCCGUGGCGGCGGCGCUGGGCUGCGCGCCGGGUACGGCGGCCGAGCUGCGCGCCGUCUGCAGCAUUGAUAUGUUAAUGUCUUCUAAAAAAGAAGAGGACCCAGAUGUUAUUCCUGAAGAUAGCAGUCUGCUCACUCUUCGAAUUAGAAAGAAGAACUUAGAGAGGAGAGAAGAAACAAUUAUUGUGGAUCGGGCUUGCAGACAAGAAACUCUUACCUAUGAGAUGGAGUCACAUGCAACUGGAAAGAGGCCAGACAAUCCAGCAGAUCUAAUUGAGGAGGGAGAACUUCUUUUAACUCUGAACAUCUUUUAUCCUGUUAUAUUUCAGAAGCAUAAAGAUCACAAACCCUACCAAACGGUCCUUGUACUGGGCAGCCAGAAGCUCACUGAGCUGAGAGACUCGAUUUCCUGCGUCAGUGACCUCCAGAUAGGUGGUGAGUUCAGCAGUCAGCCAGAUCAAGCACCAGAGCAUAUCAGCAAGGAUCUCUACAAAUCUGCCUUCUUCUAUUUUGAAGGCAUCUUCUAUAAUGAUAAAAGAUACCCAGAGUGCAGAGAUCUGAGCAGAACAAUUAUAGAGUGGUCAGAAUCUCAUGACAGAGGCUAUGAAAAUCUUCAGUCUGUUAAGAUGGAGGACUAUGUAUUUAAUGAUUUAUCCCUCAAACUUGGCUUUCCAUACCUUUACUGCCACCAAGGGAACUGUGAACACAUCAUUAUAAUCACAGAUAUAAGGCUUAUUCAUCAUGAUGACUGUCUGGACAGGAAUCUAUAUCCCUUGCUAAUCAAGAAACAUUGGCUAUGUACCAGAAAAUGCUUUGUGUGCAAAAUGUAUACAGCCAGGUGGGUAACCAACAGAGACAGUCUGGCCCCACAGGAUCCUUGUUUCUUCUGUGAUGUUUGUUUUCGGAUGCUCCAUUACGAUUCAGAAGGCAAUAAACUGGGGGAGUUUCUUGCAUAUCCUUAUGUUGAUCCUGGGAUUUUCAACUGAAACUGACAUGCGCCAGGAUGCAUUUAGUGAACCACUGUUGGGGUCUCCCCCCCUGCCAUGUAGCCCUGGGAGAGGGGCCCUGAGGGGACAGAGAUGGGGUUUCCCUGCCCC